AUGAAGAUCGGGUGCGACGCGUGCGAGCGCGCGGAGGCGGCGGUGCUGUGCUGCGCCGACGAGGCCGCGCUCUGCCGCAGCUGCGACGCCGCCGUCCACUCCGCCAACAAGCUCGCCGGCAGGCACCACCGCGUCGCGCUGCUCCCGCCGUCCACCGCUCGUCACCCCUCGCCCAGUCCCAUCGUCGACGACGGCAGCGGCGCCGGUCACCCCGCCUGUGACAUCUGCCAGGAGAAGACGGGCUACUUCUUCUGCCUCGAGGACCGCGCCCUGCUGUGCCGGCCCUGCGACGUUGCCGUCCACGCCGCGGGCGCCCACGUCUCCUCCCACCGGCGCUUCCUCAUCACCGGCGUCCGCGUGGGCGACGUCGAGAGCCUGAGCCACCACGUCCCCGGCAGUGAAGGCGUCAGCCCCAGCCCAAGCCCCAGCAGCGGCAACGGGAGCAGCAGCGCUCCCUGCAGCUCCGGCGGCAACCCGAUGACGACGACCAUGCCUGGCCAAGUGCGGUUGUUGUCGUCGGUCCGCGCAACAGCAGAUACGACAGAGGGCUCAGACGAGCAGCAGUGGCUGUGGAGUGAGUUCUUGGCCGACGACGUCGGCGUUGGCGUUGGCGUUGACAAGGAGCAGUGCUGCCAUGCUGAGCUAUCUGAACCUGGCUCGUCCGACAUUACUAGAUGCUGA